UUUGAACUGGAAUCUAUAAUAUCCUCUAUAUAAAAAUGAAUACCUAUUUCCCUGGUCUCGUCAUACCUAAAAAUGACUUUACUAAUUUUGUUAAACAAAAAACAAAAUAUAUAUUUUCAUAAUAGUGUUUAUUCCGUAGGGUUCAAUAAUUUCACUUAUAUUUUUACAAAUCGCUAUUGAACAACUGGGCAUUUUGAAGUAAACACUGAGCUCAAAAUCACGCGCGCUCUAGAAAGCUCUAGCCUCUAUACCAUUCACUGCUUCUCUCUAUUCUAAUGCUUUUUUUAUGUUCUGGAGCGUAAAUAAAUAAUGUUGAUGGUUUUCCGACACGGGAACAGACGACAUAUAAUUGGCCAUGUUAAAAACAUUGAUUUUCUAGGUUGAUGCCACAUACACUUAGUCACUACCCUUGCGAUUUAUUUAUUGACAUUGCAAAUGCAAGCCGCACUGGAAACCAUAAACGUUUAAAACUGAAUGGCAUAUCGUUCGGUAUUAUAGGGAUGCGUGGUAUUAAAACAUCUUCACCUUCGUACUUCCCUUUCAAAAUUGUGGCUUCGAUGACGUUGUUCAAUAAAAUCUUCUCCGCAAGCCGGGUGCCAUUACACAGACGUGGCUGGUCUAUGUUCCGUAACAUAAUAAUUGGGGUACUCACAAGGUCUCUUAAAGCAUCGUAAAAUCAUAAAAUCAUAAGUUUUUAUGCUAGUGUAAAAAAUUUGUUGUUGGAUUGCAUACUAAAAUAAGUUUACGCAAAUACAACUCUGAACGCUAUGUAUUCGGUUCGUCAUAACUGAUCAGCUGAUUUCUGUUUACAUCAGUUUGCUUUUGCGUUGUGGUUACAUUUGCAUUUAAAUUUAAAUUUCUUUCAAAUUUCUUUUGUCGAGGGUUUUCGGAAUAAUGGAGCAAUAUAAUGUUAUACAGACAAAAGCAAAACGGGUGCGUUCCAACCCAACCAGAAAGUGGCUGUUUGAUGAAGAAAAGGCGUUGAUUGAAUUUUUGACACAAAACAGGGAUUUUGAGAAGCCAACGUCUCAAAUGGAUUAUAGACGAUUUUCAAAGGAGAGCAACAUUGCAGUGGACUGGAAGCUGACACGCGCGAAGGUUCGUUAUAUGCGUAGAACAUAUAACAAAGCAAAAGCAUGGGAAGGCUCGACAGGUGCAGGGAGUAUGGAAGGCGAAACUAUGAAGGCCACUUUACUUAAAAUGUGUACGUUUUUUUAUGAAAUGGAAGAAAUUUUCGGCAGUAGAGUGGUUGAGUCAGCAGUAAUAAAUGACAGUUUGGAGAACAACGAAAACAAUUCUGAAGUAGACCUCAACGAGUCAGCGUCUUCUGCGGCUGUAUGCGAAGGCGAAUGCAUUGAUAAGACAAUUCGAAAAGGAAUAUAUUCCAGAACUGCGGCAUCAGAUAUUCUGCAAUUUCAGUCUGAAAUGAUACAGCUGAAAAAGCAGAACAUGGAGCAAGAAAUGAGUUUUAAGGAGAAAGAGUUGGAAUUAAGAGAAAGGGAAUUGAGGAUUAAAGAAAAAGAAGUGGAGUUAAGGGAAAAGCAAGAAUUAUUACUAAAAGACAAAGAAAUGGAGAUGAAAGUAAAAGAAUUGGAAAGUAAUGAAAAGCUAAAAAUAAUGGAAAUACAAAUGAAAGAAAGAUUGGCAAUGGAAGAAUUGAAAUACAAAUACAAAUAAGUGGAAGAAUUGGAAGAAGUGGUGUAAGAGAAUUUUAAAUUUCCUGAAAUGAAUUAAUGUACCUGAAUUUUAUUUUUUAUAAUUACUUUUUAUGUUAAUUUUUAAAUAAAAAAAACACAUUUUUAUUUAUGAAUCCUUA